AUCUAGUGGACUGAAUCUAGACAGGCUGUUCGCCUGUUCCAGAAGAUUGAAAUUUGUGGCAUCAUGUCGCAGAGCACUUUCCUCUUCUUCCUCUUCCUCCUCCACCAGCAUCUCUCUGCCGGAGUCACUACCGGCGCUGGUGAUGACUUCACCUUCAACGGCUUCCGGGGAGCAAACCUCACCCUCGACGGCACCGCCACGAUAACCUCCAACGGCCUCUUGAGGCUCACCAACAACACGAGGCAGGUGAGAGGCCAUGCUUUACACCUGUCGCAAAUUCAAUUCCGGCUCCCUCGUCACAACGGGACCGUUUUCUCCUUCUCCACCACCUUCGUCUUCGGCACCAUCAUCAAAGACCGGUACAUCGGCGGCAACGGCCUCGCCUUCUUGAUCUCCGGAUCCGACAACUUCUCCAGCGCACUGGGAAGUCAGUUCCUGGGCCUCGUCAAUCCCAAUAACAAUGGUAACUCCACCAACCACGUCUUCGCAGUCGAGCUCGACACUAUCUUUAACCCUGAUCUCUACGACAUCAACGGCAACCACGUCGGAAUCGAUGUUAACGGCGUGGUGUCCAACUUUUCUGUCCCCGCCGGUUACUUUUCCGACGACACCGGUGUGUUCCAGAAUUUGAGCCUUAUCGGCGAGCAAGUCAUGCAAGCUUGGGUGGAAUAUGAUGCAGAGAGCAUGCGGCUCAAUGUUACCUUGGCUCCAGUUCGAACGGCGAAGCCGAGGAGGCCGCUGAUAUCGAGGUCGAUCGAUCUUUCGCCGGUGUUCUUGGAUUCUAUGUUUGUUGGCUUCUCUGCUUCCUCUGGUUCUUAUCAAACGGCUCACUAUGUGCUCGGCUGGAGCUUCAAGAUCAACGGCACGGCGCGAGCUCUAGACUACUCGUUGCUCCCUUCGCUUCCUCGAACCAAAUCCGGCGGCAGAUCGAAGUUUUUGGAGGUCGGGAUCCCGCUAGCUUCCGCCGGAGUUGUUUUGGCGAUCGCCGGCGUGGUGGCUUUGGUGGUGAGGAGAAGGAUGAAGUAUGCAGAACUUCUCGAAGACUGGGAGAAGGAGUACGGUCCUCACCGGUUCUCCUACAAGGACUUGUUCGACGCCACCGGCGGCUUCGCAGAGGAGAAUUCACUCGGCGACGGUGGGUUCGGCAGGGUCUACCGAGGGGUUUUACAGAGGACCAAACUGGAUGUCGCCGUAAAAAGAGUGUCUCAUCAGUCGAGGCAGGGGAUGAAGGAGUUCAUCGCAGAGAUAGUUAGCCUAGGCCGUCUCCGGCACCGGAACCUCGUCCGGCUGCUGGGCUAUUGUCGGCGAAAGGGGGAACUCCUCUUGGUCUACGACUACAUGCCCAACGGCAGCCUGGAUAAGCUGCUGUACGAUCGACUCCGGCCAUGUCUCGAUUGGCCUACGAGGUUUAAGAUCAUCAAAGAUGUGGCGUCGGGCCUGCUCUACCUCCACGAAGACUGGGAGCAAAUGGUGAUCCACAGAGACAUCAAAGCGAGCAAUGUUUUGCUCGACGGCGAGAUGAACGGAAGGCUAGGCGACUUCGGAUUGGCGAGGCUUUACGACCACGGCAACGAUCCGCAGACUACCCACAUUGUCGGAACCAUGGGAUACAUCGCGCCGGAGCUGGUGCGGACCGGGCGGCCCUCGGCCGCCACCGACGUGUUCGCCUUCGGGACGUUCCUUUUUGAGGUCGCCUGCGGGCGGCGGGCGGUGGAUUGGGCCGCCGACAUCGACCAGCUCGUACUGGAGUGGGUGCUGCAAGGUUGGCGAAAGGGAUCGAUUCUCGAGACGAGGGACGCCAAGUUGGGGGAGGAGUUUGUGGCAGAGGAGGUGGACCUUGUUCUAAAGCUUGGGCUGCUCUGCGCACACCCGUCGCCGGCGGCGAGGCCGAGCAUGCGCCGGGUGGUGGAGUACUUGGAGGGUAGUUCGCCGCUGCCGGAGCUGGCGGCGACGUACUUGAGCUUCAAAACGAUUGAGCUACAGCGCAGUAAGAGUAUUGAGGAUUACAUGACGUCGUAUCCGUCAUCAUCUUCGGUGGCUACAGCAUCUUCUGUUGCCAGAGCUCCGUGACAGUACAAAAGGAGAAGUUACCAAAUUUGUGUGGAGAUUUCUUGAUUAGCAAGGAGCACCAGGAAUGCAGGCUCUAUUUAUUUUCACAAGAUCGUUGAACUCUGUUUAUGUUCAGUUCAAUAGCGAGAAAACAAUGAUGGGAACCUACUUCAACAUGCUAACAAUAUAUCUCUUGCCAUUCAUCCAAUCUUUUGUCCUGCCACUGGCAUCACUCGAUUUCAAAGUUUCCCUAGAGCUUUUAGGCCAUCGACUAAUAAAGCAUUCAGAUCUUCAAAACA